ACAUUUUAAAAAUGUCAACAACGACAGACAAAUCAUUUAGUUUUUAAAUUUUACUUUUUUAUAUCCAUUAUUGUCGUUUAUUUCACAGUACAGAAUGGCGGCAAGAUUUGUCUUCAAAGCAAAUCCACAAAUAGAAGCUGAUAGAAGACUUCUACAAUUUGACUGUUACGAGGACUAUUUAGAUUCACUAGGUACCAAUCAAGAUGAAUGUUAUUUGCAGAGUAUUGAAGUAAGCAGAACCAUAGCUGAAUUGGGUUACAGAAGCUCCGGAGAAACUCUUAGCAAAAAACAGUUUGAAACAAGAUUAGCUGCAGUCCUAAAUUAUUUGUUUCCUCCUUAUAACCCCUACGAACUUUCCAGCGAAGGGUUAACUGGACAUGACAACCUACAAGUCGAUUUAGCUCUGAGGGAAAGGCCCAACCGUGUUGGAAUUCUGUCUACAAUUAUAUUUUUAAAAUACAUGACGAAGUCAGGGUUUGAAGUCUCUGGAUAUAUUGAUUACGCGGAAAAAUUAGGCAAUGAAGACUGGAAACCUUUUUUUAAAGGGAAAAAGCGAGUUGUGCCCAAGCCGUCGGAUCUUGGAUAUUACCACUGGAAAUCGGGUCGAGUUGUAUGCAAUGAUUCAUUAAAUUAUAAAGUCCAACAGGAUCCCAAUAAGGGACUGAUUUUCCAAAAUCGAUUCGAUAGAAAAAUGAUCAAUCCCGCACCUGGUGUCGAUCCAGGAGCAAAUACUACUAGAAAAAGAAUUUAUACGAAUAUGUACGAAUUGGUUAUUGUAUUUGAUCAUCUUGUUAGACAAAGAAUUUAAAAAUAUAUGUUUACUACAGG